AUGGUGCUGAGCGAAGGACAGCUGGCACUGUGCACAGUGUUCACCCUAUGGUUGGGUGGUCUUCCCUUGAUGUACUCGCCGGCUCCACGAGGCGACUGUGAUAAUUGUUGCCCCAUCCGGGAACCGAGAGAUAUACAGUUUUUCCUCUUCACCAGACAAAACCCCGAAAAGGGCGACACCCUGUUCGUGUCGGACAAGCAGCACCUCCGGGCGUCACACCUGAACCGCUCGAACCCGCUCGUGAUUUACAUGCACGGCUUUUCCGAGCGGGCGCCGGGUGGCUCGGGCGAAAGUAGCAAGCAAAUGCGGGACGCGCUCCUGGAGGCGGACGACUACAACGUGGUGCUGGUCGACUGGAGCCCGCUGACCGCGCUGCCCUGGUACGUGAACUCGGUCCAGAAUGGGCCCCGCGUUGGCCGGUACAUUGCACGCUUCGUCCGGUUUCUGGUGCUGUCCGAGUUCCCGCUGGAGAAGAUUCAUCUGAUCGGGUUCAGCCUUGGGGCGGAGGUGGCCGGAUUCGCCGGCAAAACGUUGAACGAGUGGGGUCUCAAGCUGCCCCGGAUCACAGGUCUCGACCCGGCAUUUCCACUGUACGUGUUCGAACGGGCCUCGCAGCGUCUCAGCCCGAAGGAUGCCGAGUUCGUGGACGUCAUACACACCGACGGUGGUCUGCUGGGCUACCCGUGGCCACUCGGGCACGUCGACUUCUAUCCCAACGGUGGCGUCCCGCUGCAACCCGGCUGCGCCCGCCAAGAGCUGGCCAAAAACCGUUGGCUCGGCGUGUUCAUAGGCUGCAGCCACGCGCGAGCCUGGCAGUACUUUGCCGAGUCUCUGACGCGGCCACGAGGUUUCCUGUGUGACCGCUGCGAACCGAACGACACGCCCAGCGAGGGUUCCGGUGCCGGCUCGACCCGGUCCUCGCGAGAUACGGCCAGCAACUGCACCAUGACGAAGGAGGUCUUCAUGGGCAUGUACAUCGACCGGACGCUGCGGGGCAAGUUCUACCUAUCGACCAAUCCGGAACCUCCGUUCGGCCGAAACCAGAUGCCCGAGGAGCGGCAGCGAAACAAGGAGCUGCAGCGACGACAGUCCUAG